GGGGCCACAGGCGCUUGCCGCCGCCCGCCCGCCCCUUCCGACUCCUCCCUGUUGUGCUUAGGGCCCUCGCGCCGAGGUUCCAGAGGCUUCGCGUCGAGGACCAUGUUGCUUCCGAACAUCCUGCUCACGGGUACACCAGGGGUUGGAAAAACCACACUAGGCAAAGAACUUGCAGCAAGAUCUGGAAUGAAAUACGUUAAUGUGGGUGAUUUAGCUCGAGAAGGACAGUUAUAUGAUGGCUAUGAUGAAGAAUAUGACUGUCCUAUUUUAGAUGAAGAUAGAGUAGUUGAUGAGUUAGAAAACCAAAUGAGUGAAGGUGGAGUUAUUGUUGAUUACCAUGGUUGUGAUUUCUUCCCUGAACGCUGGUUUCAUAUAGUUUUUGUGCUGAAAACAGAUAACAGUAUAUUGUACAAAAGACUUGAAACAAGGGGUUAUAAUGAGAAGAAAUUAAAAGAUAAUAUUCAGUGUGAAAUUUUUCAAAUUCUUUAUGAAGAAGCAUUAGCAUCUUACAGCGAAGACAUAGUGCAUCAACUGCCCAGCGAUAAACCAGAAGAUCUAGAGAAUAAUAUCAAUCAGAUAUUGAAAUGGAUUGAGCAAUGGACCAAAGAUCAUAGCUCUUGACUUAAAAGACUGGCCACUUUAUAAUCACUCUUAAUAUUUCUCUGCCCACAUCAUGUAAAUUAUCCAUUUAUUAGGAAACCUUUUUAUUAAAAUUAUGCUGCAGGAUUAGUAGGUGGAUAGUAUAAAGGUUUAUAUUUGCAUGUGUUUUUUUCCAUAAGAAAGUAUAAUGAAUAUAACUCUUUUAAAGGUUGAGAAUAAAAACUGUCAUUGUUUAAUUUUUCAAUUGCUAAAGAAUAAAUAAACCUGACCAAAUGUGUGGAAGAAUAUCGUUUAAGUUUAUUAAAGAAGAAAAUGAACAUGAUCUCGUAAAAUAAAAUUGAAGUCUAAAGAUAAAGCA